AUGGCUUACCUCGCUCCACUCGAGGAUGCCAAGACUCUCAAGGAGACGAUGACGAAGAUGGUCGGUGGGGAUACUGCGCUUGAUGAUCGUGCCGGCACUAUGAAUAAAAUCUUUGCCGUGAUCCCGAAACUCCCACAAGAUUCUGAAUUAUCUAAGACGAUGAACGACUACCUAAUCACUAUGCUUUACAACUCGCUUCCUCACCCUCCAACUAGCUAUGUUGGUGAAGACCGUUUCCGCAAGGCCGAUGGGAGCCGAAACAACGUGAACAUGCCCGAUCUUGGCCGUGCCGGAACUACUUAUGCUCGUAAUGUCCAAGGACGCCGACUACAGCCACCAACCUACCUUCCACCCACCUCCAUGGUUUACGACGAACUUCUGAAAGCAACUGGGUCUCGAGAUUCUCACCCGGGAGGGAACUCGUCUAUGACCUUUGCUUUUGCUUCGCUCGUAACCCAUUCCUUGUUCCGUACCGACCCAUCUGAUUGGGGCAAGAAUAACACAUCGUCCUACCUCGACCUUUCGCCAUUGUAUGGCUCCAACGAGGCCGAGCAAGACCUUGUUCGAGUCAAGGAUGGUCGUGGGCUGUUGCAUCCGGAUACCUUUUCAGAGGGGCGCUUAGUUUUCCUUCCUCCUGCCUCAGGUGCACUAUUGGUGAUUUGGAAUCGAAACCACAACUACAUCGCCAACAACAUCUUAAAAAUUAACGAACAGAAGCGUUGGAGCGAUCCCCCACCUGAGGACCCCGCGAAGCGUGCUCAACAAGACAAAGAAAUUUUCGAGACCGCUCGACUGAUCAAUUGCGGUUCAUUCAUGUCUGUAAUCUUUGGAGAUUAUGUUGCGGGCUUCCUUGGUCUCGGGCGCGAAGGAAGUAGUUGGAGCAUGCAGCCGUUUGAUCCGAUUAAGGGAUCUGAAGGUGAAGUUGAACGUGGAGAAGGAAACCAUUGCUCGGUUGAGUUCAACGUUCUUUACCGGUGGCAUGCGGUCACAUCCGAGGCCGAUGAGAAAUGGACCAGUGAUAUCUUCGAUAAGAUAUUCAGUAAAAAGUCUAGUGAACUCGAGCUCUCUGACUUCUACGAAGCGCUCGGAAGACUCCGAAACGGGGACGUUGACGAAUCUCUUCGUGUAGAUGCGGAUCCCAGGAAACGUAAUUUCGGUGGUAUCAAGCGCGGACCCGGCGGUCGUUUCUCUGACGGAGAUCUUGCCAAGAUUCUCCACAACUCUACCGAGAGCGUCGCACGCCGCUAUGGUGCACGCGGCUCGCCCGAGGUUCUGAGAAUUAUUGAGAUUAUGGGUAUGGAACAGGCUCGUAAAUGGGGCGUGUGCACCAUGAACGAAUUCAGAAAGUAUCUCGGCUUGAAGACGUUCAAGUCCUUCGAGGAGUGGAACUCAGAUCCUGUCAUUGCCAAUGCCGCAAGGAAGCUAUAUAAGAACAUUGAUGACCUCGAGCUCUACCCCGGUCUUCAUGCCGAAGAAUGUAUGAAAUUGGGCCCUGGUUCCGGAUUGUGUGCCGGUUACACCAUCACUCGUGGCAUCCUUUCCGACGCUAUCUGCCUCGUUCGCGGGGACCGUUUCUUUACGACCGAUUUCACUCCUGAACGACUCACCAGCUGGGGCUUUGAGGACGUCAAACGUGACCCCAACAAUGGUGCAUUUGGUGCAUACCUUCCAAAGUUACUGUUGAGGACUCUCCCUCGUCAUUAUACCUAUAAUUCGGUCUACGGCCUCUUCCCGUUCUUCACCCCGGAGACAACCAAGCAAAACCUGACGAAGCUCAAGGUAGCGGACCAGUAUGACUUCAAACGUCCCAGCGAGGCGCCCAUCCCCAAGCCAUUGAACAACUUCACAGCAAUCAAACAUGUCUCCAAUGAUAUUGUCAAGUACAAGGUGCCUUACGGACCAGAUAUGAAAUAUCUUACGUACGACCGGGGCAUGUUCUUGAUAUUUGACGAGCAGCCUCUCCACGAUAACGAUCGACAGCUGGCAUUCCACGCACUAUUCCCAAGCAACGACGUCGUUAAGAGUCAUGUCGAUUAUUAUAGCAAGAAGAUCAAAGAGCUGAUUGCCUGCAGGUCGUCCAAGUAUGACAAUAUCCCUGGUACAUUUGUCGACAUCAUAGAUGUAAUCAAUAAAGCGGCAGUUCACUGGGCGUCAGAAAAUCUGUGUGGCAUUAUUCCCAAGUAUGAGAAGAAUCCGAAUGGAGAGAUUUCGGACGAAGCCUUGUAUCAAAAGUUUGCGAUCCUAUUCUCUUGUGUCUUCCGUAACACUGAACCAUAUUUGGGAUGGGCGCUGCGCAGAGGGGCGAAGGCUGCCUCGGAUGAAAUUAACGGCAAGAUCAAGGCCAACCUGGAGCGUAUUCAAACUCCUCCAAUCGCGGGUCCUAUCUUCCUAGGAAUAAAAUCUGCCUUGGAAACCGCAACUGGGCAGACGCGCCCAAGCGACAAAUUCCACAAGGCGCUUUUGGAAAGCAAGAAGACUGUCAACGACCUGACUGCAAUGGUUCUCGGAUUGUGUGUUGGUUCGAGUGUGAACUUUGCACAGGCUACCGCCCAGAUGGUUGAGUUCUAUAUGGAUGAUGCCCAUAAGAAAGAGAGAGAACACAUCUUCCAACUCGCUUCUAAGAACGACGAUGAGAGUACACAACUCCUGGCUGGGUACUAUCGCGAAGCUGCUCGCCUAAAUCCUCAAUUCCCUGCCUUGGUUCGUAUCGCAGUUGCGCAAGACGAGAUUCCGCAGUCCGGAGGCAAACCCGCAAUCUCCGUGAAGCCAGGCGACCGUCUAUUCUGCUCAUAUCGAAACGCCCACCUUGAUCCCGAACUCUUCCCAAACCCUGAGAAAGUAGAUCCCCGUAGACCAAAGGAGAACUACGCCGUUCAGGCUACAGGUACCCACGGUUGCCCUGGUAUGGACUUUUCAGAGCAAUCAAUCCCGGCGAUUAUGCGGGCAGUGUUUGGCCUUAAGAAUCUCCGACCGGCUCCAGGCGUGUUGGGCACUCUCGAGUCUUUCGACUCUUCCUUACUUGGAACAAAGAUCCGGACAUAUAUUGAUGAAAAAGGAUGCCCCUCGCCUUGGCCAACGUCGCUCGUUCUUGUGUAUGAUUCUUAA